AUGGCUUUGAGGAGAACAGUACUGCUGUUCAUCUUUCUCGGACUCCUCUUUCCUUUUACCGAAACAAGUUUCAUGGGCUGGUUGUUUGGUGAUGACGAGCAAGAUGGAGGGACAGAGAAGAAAACUGGAAUUGCAGCCCGAGAUUCAUCAAGAUUCGAGAUGUUAUCAACUGAUGAAAAGUUUCUAGAAUACUCCAAGACUCUUGCAGAAUUGUCCCCUUUGGACGAAUGCUACCAUAUAGUGAUCUACAGUUUGAGGAAGAAGUGCAGUGAGUUAACAGAAGAAGAACUUGGCAAGUUGUCAGUACAACUGUUAAACUGUCAAUCAGAGGCCGAAGAAAGGGCUGUCUACCCUUGCACAGCUAAAAUGUCAAUUGCUGAGUGUACAAAAAACAUGGACCCUACGACAUGGAACUCGUAUCAGAUUGUGAGUAACCGUGCUCGUGCCAUGUGUUACGCUGCUCAGCAGACACAGUUCCGCAAAAUGACAGAGCUGACUGUGAACCAGCUGGUAGCUCAGGCAGGAAACCAACUCGCCACCAUGAAAGAUCUUCAGGCAGGCCAGGAACAGCUCCAUGAGGUGACUAGUGACACAAUGCAGAAGAUGUUUGACAGCCAACAGCAACUGAUCAGCAACCAAGAGGUGCUACGCUCAGCACAGAAAAAUGUCUACACUAACAUUGCCAACAACCUGAGGCAGCUGACACGAGAGAAGGCGCUCAUUUCAACUGGCAACCGAGAACUCGCAGAAAUGACGGAAAGAAUUAAGGAGAAGCUAGACAAAGCAACCACUCAGAUGGUGAAUCAGGAAGAGAAGCAGCAAAUCAGCCAUCAGGAAAUCAUGAAGGAUCUGCAACAAAUACGAGAGAAGGCACAGAACGUGCUCGGCAAGAUAGAUAACAGUUCGACUCACAUCUUGAAGUAUCAUGUGGACAUGAUGGGACAUUACCACACUACUCUGGACAACCUACAGAAGAUCAACACCACCAUCUCCUACAUCCAGAACACAAUCACUGAGAUGAGGACAGGAUUCGAGACUCGCCUUGGUUGGCUCGCUCAAAUCUUGGGUGGUGCAGAGGAGAGGAUCAGCACACUGACAAUUGCCGUCCUCCAUUUUGGCUACUUCGUUCUGGCAGCCAUAUCUGCAGCGUUUCUACAGACGCCAAUGGUGUCGCGCGUCGUCCUGCUUAUCAUCGUGCCUCUAAAUGCCAUCUCAGAGAUGAAGCAGGGAGUCAGUAUGGACUUUACAAGCAUGACACUGUUCAUCAUCAUCACCAUAGCAGCUAACUGGGCGGUGACUUAUGCCUUAAGGAAACAUCGGCGUAACAAUAGCGGGGAUGAUCUGCUGGCCCUGACCUCCCCCCUCCUUCCUGACCCACCAAAUGUCACACCCACGACAGAAGUGAACGGAUUUAUUGGAGGACGACCGAUUGGUCGCUUGAACUCUGUUGAAAUUCAACAUCUUACAAACACACUGGAGAGACUGUAUAGAUCAUUGAACGUACAUAAUUCAUCGACUGACAGCGGGACAGACUCGUUCGCCACCAGUCCACGCUCCAGUACACCAACCCGUCACUUCCCGACAUCCACAAGUGUGCUUCGUACCCCAGCAACUCAACCCCCAACUCCCAUGCCCUCCUCCAGCAGUGCAUUCUCCCCAGUCACAUCUACCAGAGAAGACAGAGAGGUGGAGCUAGCAUCUGCCGGCGCCACUUACUAGAUACCCUUGACCGGGACACGACCUAUCCCCGAGCCGAUCUCCCAGCCGCAGCAGUCGUACGAGCACACCUAGGAGACGUUCCAGCUCAAGGGCAUCCAACGCCUCCAUCUCCCGACCUCUGUGUAACGGUACAACGCGCAGUGGGCAGCCGUGUAGGCUGUAUGCGGUCAGUGGUGAUGAGUUUUGUCACCUGCACAGGUCCCUGUCUUAACCACCACCUUCCCC